AUGGCGACAGGUAAGGACAUUAAGUCGUCUGUUGUUGUUAGUUCAGAGGAGAUUUUUGAUACAAAUUGCUCACCGUGUUCGGAAUCUGGAAAACUUAUAGAAGCAGUUAAGUUUUGUGUAGAUUGUGGGUCGUAUUUCUGUUCUAAAUGUCUUCAAGAUCACAAUAAAUUUCCAGCACUAAGAUCACACCAGAUAUUAGACAAAUCAGAUAAAAUCAAAUCAGAUGGAAAUAUUGAAACAGGACCCGGACUACCAACAGAAAGGUGCGCAGUUCAUCAUGGCAAGUUAGUGGACAUGUUUUGUAAAGACCAUGACGAAGUUUGUUGUGCAGCAUGUAUAGCUAUAAAACACAGGUCAUGUAUAAAUGUUGAUUAUCUACCCGACGUUGCCAAGGGUAUAAACAACAGUGCUGAGUAUGAAAAAACUAAAUCAUCACUAGAGAAUGUUCUCAUUGAAUUAAGAGGUGUGAUAGAAGCUAAAACAGAUAAUCUCAAAAUACUUCAGAAUGAUAAGGAGCAGUUAUUUGAAGAGAUAGAAAAUUUGAAAGCGGAAAUUCUAAUGAAGGUUGAAGAGCUUGUAGAAACCUCAAAACAACAAGUAUCAUUGAAGUAUCGAGAAGUAAAGAAACAUAUCCAGUCAGAUCUAGACACUUUAAAUACUAUUUUAACAACGACAACAACAGAUUUCCGGAAACUGUCAGAAAAAAAUGAGUCCCAGUUGUUUGUAAAUCUCAAAGCAAGUAAAGUUUCUAUCAGGGAUUGUGAAACUUUUUUGAGUGAAUUAUCAACAGGUAACGUAAAUGAGAAGUUGGAAUUGGUAGCGAAUAACAGUUUGAAAGAUCAACUAAAUGACAUUGAGAGUUUGGUUGUUGACACUGAU